AUGGCAAUUUAUCGAGAAUGGAUUACUAUACUGGUGAUUUUAUUGGGAAUACAAUUCGCCUCAUCUCAACACAUUGCACUACUAAGCCACACACCUAUCGUGCACGAUUCCCAAACCUCGACUUUGACCUGCGCCGAUUUGUCUGAAAAUUCAACGAAAGUUUCUCUCUUCAUUCGUAGAGAAUUUACAUGGAGUGGGAGCAGAACUUCCGAGUCGACAUACACAAGACAAGUCUUGAAACGCAGAGGGAUGUUGAACACUUGGACGGGUGAGAGAGUGAGAAAAGCGAUCGGUGCGUUUGGAUGCGGGAGAGGCAAAGAUGCGGUUUCAGCUGUUAAAAUGCAUGCAAACGGAAGCCUUAUACCACAUGCAUUCACUAAACUAGUCAUAUCGGGGUCAAAGGUCGUCAUCAAAAUGAAACUCACUUCCGCGAAUACCGGAAGUUCACAGGUCGGCUUAAGGAAAGUCACGUGGUACAAAGAUGGCCAUAUCUUAGAUACGAGAUCAAUUUCCAGGAUUUGGGAGGCUGAAGGAGGGCGAGCUCUGGUCAUCAGCUCUGUCAAGGAAUCGGAUGCGGGGAUAUACAUGGCCCAUCAUACAGACGAGGAUAAAAUAAACGCUGCUGGGACAAUUCUGAUAGUCAGAAGUUGUCCAUUGGACACAUGGGGAUCAUCCUGCGAUAGAAAAUGUCCGAUCUGUCUUCAUGGAGGGGUUUGUAAUGAAGGUACUGGGUUAUGCAUAUGUUCAGCAGGUUUCAGUGGAAGAUUGUGUGACCAAGCAUGUGAACCUUCCUUCUUUGGCGGCAACUGCCAGCAUAACUGCGCAGCUCUAGAAAGUGAAGAAACUUCGUGCCAAGGUUUUCAACUAUGUUCUGUGGUUGGAUGUGCCUGCAUGAGUGGAUGGAUGGGGCUCGAGUGUGAAAAGGCUUGUCCUCCUGGGUUAUACGGAGCAGAUUGCAGUCAAUCAUGUCGGUGUUAUCAUGGUGGAGUGUGUAAUAGAUACAAAGGAUGCAUUUGCACUGAUCAAUGGACCGGACCUUCAUGUCAAGUUGCAAAACGUGACGUCAUCAAUUCUGAUGAGGUCAUUCCAGUAGAGGAUUCCGGGUAUCUAUAUCAUUUGAAAAAUCUCAAAAUAUUUUGUCUUUUGUUAUCAAUCGGGUUUCUAUUAGACUAUGUUUAUCCUUCUUCUAAGCUUUUGUAA